AUGCCCCAGCUGGAAAGCUGUAUUUCCGCAUCUACCUGGCAUACGUCCGGACCACAGACCCCAGCUCAACAGCAUUUUAAAGAUUAUGUUGAUACAGUUGACACCUAUGGCUUCAACCAUGGCUCAGGCUUACGAUUCUAUUCCAAAAAUGUCAUUCUCCACAACCAGAACACCACCCAUUACAAUGGUGGGGAUGAGAUGUGGGCGUGGAUAAAACGCCUAUUUGGACAAUUCAAGGGUCUCCGGCACGACUUUCACAAUCUUUGGGAAACCCGCAACAUCUGGCUGCCUGGAAACGACACCGAAGAGCCGACUGUUGCCUUUCCGCUCAGUUGGAUAAGCACUAUAGGCCCCGCGAACUCUGCCGAUGCUCUGGAUGUGUUGCAAUUCAAGGAGGUCUGGCUUUACUGGGAUACCGCUAUCCUCGCCAAAUACCUCCCCAGGGAGGCUGUUGUAUUCCAAGAGCAGAACAUAUUACAGCAGAAUGAAGGAUGA